UUAUGCGCAUGCUCAAUUUGCUAAAGUUGACGUGUAAUUCAAGAUGGCCGCGUCUAGUAGUCAACCUGAUCCUCUUUUCGAUAUUAGAAAUGCUUUUUAUAUUGGAAAUUUCCAGCAUUGUAUUAACGAAGCGCAAAAAUUAAAGUUAAAUAAUCCUGAAUUGAAAAUUGAGAAAGAUAUUUAUAUGUAUCGUGCUUACUUGGCUCAAAGGAAAUAUGGAGUAGUCUUAGAUGAAAUUAAAUCCGGAGCAGCUGAAGAACUCUAUUGUUUAAGAUUGUUAGCUGAUUACUUAUCAAGUGAUCAAUCAAGAAAAGUUCAAGUUGUUAAUGAUUUAGAUCAACAAGUUAAAAAGAACAUUAAUGUUUCAAACACAAUGAUGAUAUUAAUAGCUGGAAGCAUUUAUUAUCAUGAACAAAACUAUGAAGGUGCACUAAGAAUAUUGCAACAAGCUGAAUCUUUAGAGUGCUCUGCAUUAAUGUUGCAAAUUUACUUGAAAAUAGAUCGUAUUGAUCUGGCUAAAAAAGAACUGAAAAGAAUGCAAGAAAAGGAUGAAGAUGCAACAUUAACUCAGCUUGCUCAAGCUUGGGUUGGACUUUCAAUGGGAGCAGAAAAAUUACAAGAUUCUUAUUAUAUAUAUCAGGAAUUGAGUGAUAAAUAUGCAUCAACUCCUUUAUUGUUGAAUGGACAGGCAGCUGCAUUAAUAGGGCAAGGAAAAUACGAAGAGGCAGAACCUGUCUUACAAGAAGCUCUAGAUAAAGUUAGUUAUUUUUAAUUAUAAUUACAUUCA